ACGACUAUAAUAAUUUCAAAUACUUCAUUUCUACGAGUGAACAGAGUGGUAUAGCGGAGGCGUGGAGGGCUCAAAGCCCACUAAUCCGAGUCUCAAAACGACAUUUCGAAAUAAUUACUCAACCUAGUGAUCUUUAGUAGUUGCGGAAUUGGGAAUUGACUGUGAAGAUUGAUCAUAUUGUACUCUUCGUCCAUUUGGCAUGACUAUUUUAUUGUCUUUAGUUGUGUAGUACUGAAGAUCAUAGCAUCAAUUUGCUCUUCCGCGUGUCAUUUUCAUGCUUAAGUCGCAGUUGGGUGCGGUGGUUGUGGAUUGUAUGGAGGCAGGUAGAUUUUGUGGGUGGAAGAGUAGGUGUUACGCUUUCGAGAUUAGUGUUGGAAGGCGCAUAAUCUUGUAGCGGAAGCCCCUUUUUUGCGAACAAUGUUCACACAAUUUACGUAAAUUUCAGGUUCGGGGUAAUGCAAUCGUCUAUAGAAAGGACUUGAAUGCACCUUCUGGCGCUCUAUGCUUCGGCAGGUUCCGUAAGUCUGUCACAAAAUUGCCGUGUGUUUGCGUUGGAUUUGCGCCGAUCUCUGCGGGUGCAGAGGAUGUCAGCCACUAAGACGACGACCCCGAACAGAGUUGUGUCACCCUAUUUUGCAAAGAAGCCUGCUGGAGGGAAGGGCUUAAAGAGGACCAUGGUUAACUCAGCUAAAAGAGAGGUUAAGGAGCAACCCGAAGAAGACAAGGAUUCCACAAUUUUCACUCAACCUCAACCUGCGGACAAUUACAAACUUCUCUCUUCGGACUUCUACGCGUGUGAUGCUCUGGACCUUGCUCCUCGACUUCUUGGAAAAUUCUUACGCCACGAUGAUGUGAUACUGCAAAUCACCGAGAGGCAUACAGGACAGGUGAUACAGCUUGCCACGCUCGAUUUGGUCGAACAUCCCGCACAGAAGCUAUGGGCUCUUGUCGCAUGGGUGAGGCAGUUCCGAGCAGGAGGUCAUGCAUAUGUGUACCUAUGUUACGGCAUUAACAUCAUGCUCAACGUAGUGGCUGAUAAGGAGGGCGUCGGCGCAGCUGUGCUCAUUCGAGCAUGUUCGCCAGUGGCAGGUCUAGCGACAAUUCAGCAACGUCGGAAACAAGCUGCCGUAAAGCCUGUGCUUCUCACUGGACCAGGUGGGUCAAGCCCUGGGGUUAACAACAGACUGGUCUUGCCAUCCACUUUUCUUACCCGGUGGGCUAGAAAUUCUGGAUGGUGCAACCCCAGAGGCCAUCCUUGCCGGACCAAGAGUGGGCAUAGAUUAUGCAGCGCCUGAAGAUGUGGUAGCUCCAUGGCGUUUCGCUGUGGCAGGAACUCCUUGGGUUAGUGCACCUCGCGCUACUCUAUUACCAAUACCACUGUCAUCAGUAUCCAUCUGAUCCAGUCUGAUGCGCAAGCAAGGUUCGUACAUUUUGCUCUGAAGGAGUUGUGCAUAUGCAUCAAAACGUUGCACCCAGGAGAUGUGGGGUGCAAACCAGUGAAUCCAUCAACCUGACCGUGGAUUUGGAUUUGAGAACGUGCUCAAGUGAAAUUGAAUAUCGAUGGAUUUAGCAUAGUGAAUUCUUUACUGUUUUGCCACUCCAGUUUUACUGUAACAUGAAUGCUUUGAGUUGUUCAGUUGAAGCAUAGGUGAGUGCCACCUGUAGGUUUCAGAUAAGUUGGAUUGGGGGCAGCGUAAGUCCAUUUAAAAAUUUAUCUUUAAAAUGCAGAUACAAAACUAUUUAAAUAUUCCUCCCACCUAACCGACAACGUGUGUGAGGUUGAAGAGGAAUCAAGAGGUAACAAGACAUGGUAACAAGUGAUUCUAUUUGUCGGACCAACAGAUGCAGAACCAUGCCAAUGUGUUACUACCCUGCUUGGUACCAUUUAGAGGAUUCUUGGAAUCUCUGGCGCUUCAAGUCUAGGUCACGAGAGUUGAGCCUGGGUUCUUUGCCGUGCUGGCAACUUUUUCGAAAGAUUUCUUAAUUUAGCUCUUUUCCAAAGCUCCAGCAGCUGGAGACGGUCGGUAAUUGGUAGAAUCUCUAGAUCUAUUCGGACAAAAUCAUGAGGUCUGUGGUUUUUUAAAUUUUUUCAUGUUUCUAUAUUCGCGGGGAUUGAUCAGAUAUAACUCCGAAGAUUGGGCCUGGACGCACCUACCAUUAACAUUUGAGUCUUAUUUAAUAA